AUGAAAGCAAAUGGUGGUUUUAACGCUUCUGGCAAAGACAGAAAGCGGAAGCUUUUAAAUGAACAUAGCGACGAGCAAGAUAGGUAAGUUUAAGCGCUAAUUCCGUUUUCCUCAAACUAUAAAUAACGUUAAGGUGUCACUUCAGUAAUUUAAGUUCACACUGCUUUCUCAAGCACGCAAUUAUAGUAUUCAUUAUUCAAGAAGCGUUUAAGGUCGUGCUAGACCAGUUUAAAUCCAGCAAGCACUUCCUAAAGUCCUUGGAACUUUUCAAUGGAACGGCUGCGCGCUACCGAACUCCUGCUAUAUUUCCUGCGUACGUGUAUUUAUAGAUGUCCGCCCGAGAAUAUGAACUUUCCUGAAUAUGAGAACUUGCUGCUGGGGCUUGCCGUCAUUUGUGGCAGCUGACAAAGUUGUUAGUAUUUUAGUCGGGCAAACGUUGAAUGGUGGAAGUUCUUUUAGCUGUGAAAUAUUUAAUACGCUCUGGUGAUUUGUUUUGUGUGAUUGAGUAGAAAUGCGCGAUCUCCUCACUUUUUUAGCUGUAGCGUGCAUUGUGAAGACGAAUUUCACUAUGUAUAAUUUAUAGACAAGGUAUAACUAUUAUGCCCUUUGUUAAAAGGUGACUAACUUGUAUAUUGUAAUCUUUCGGUGAAAAGUAUUAGCGAAAAAGGUAAAGAAUUAGGUGUAAAAAAGCCAAUUUACUUGUGUCUGACUGUGGGUUUGUUUUACGACUGUUAUCUGUUGCACGCACGAUUUGUGUCUUGCUUUCGCGGAAAUGGGCAUAGAAAAUUAAUGAUAACACUAACUUUAUCAUUUCUGAAUUUUCAUUGAUCUUUCCUAGCAUUUUUGAAAGGUUCCAUAGGUAGUACGUGUGACCGCAUUUACACUAACGUUUCCUCUAAGAAUUAACACCUCCAUGGCGGCAAAAGUUUGAUCAAUAUAGAUGUCAGCUGAAAUGUUUUUGUUCCUUUUUUCCGUCUAGUUUUCGUGAUGUGCUUUUUAGGAUGUUCGGGUGUAAACUGGACUCUUUUCUGUCUUCUUUGUAAAAUUAUUUUUCUUUUGAGCAUUUUAAUCGUUAUUCACUGCUACAAUGAAUAGGAUUAAUUUGGGGUUUGGGCGUUCGGUCAUCCCCUGUCCUGUCGUUUAUUUCAAGUAAUUUGGUUCAAUAGAGUACAUUUAGGUGAUUCUGUUAGGUUUCAGUUAAGUAGAAUAAUAUUAUUUUUUGGUCUUAAAACUUAUUUGGAUUGUGAGAUUCAUAGCAUGUACAAAUAGUCCUCAACAAAGUAGGUGUCAGAUUUAAAUUUUUCCAUUUAAACUGGGGAGGUGCAAAGCGUCUUAGUUUGAAAGAAUAACAAUGCACAUUUAGCCCUUCUAAUGUCUCAAAGUUUGUAGUGCCUUGAAAGCCUUUGGGUGCAUUCAACCAGAUGAAUAGAAAAGGUUGUUGACACAUAAAUAACUGAUGAGUGAUCAUUGCACUGUACAUUUAAGUAACCGAAUAAGAUGCUUGAUUCUGAAACAUGUAUGAUCAGUGUAGUGGAAAGCUUGUGUGUUUGAAAUUUGAGCUGUUCCUUGGUCAUGAUGUGUUCAAAUCUGGGAACAAUUCCCUGAUAAUCUUUCUAACUAUGUGGAUGUAUUAAGUUUCUAAUUAGAUUUAUGCAAAGCAAGAAUUCUUCUGACCAAAAAUACAGCUGUGCCAUGAAAAGAUCCUGGAGAAAAGUGUCAGGUCUUUAAAUGAUUCUCUCAGUUUUUUGCAUUUACUGCUUCCAUUAGUGACAUUCCUAUUAUCAUAUACAGGAUAAAAUAAUCAACUUUAUCAGUAUUCCAUGUCUCCUCCCAUUUAGUGUUUAGACUAUUAAUGGAAUAAAAUCAUUAGACAGAGAACCAAACAAAUGGUCAGUAAGAAGAUACAAAAGAGAUUUAAAUUUGUAUAAAAGGGUGAGGGAUUAGUUUUUAGGAAAAAGAGGUAUUGGUGAGGCAGAAAAGUGGAACAUGUGACUGAACCACAUGUCCUAUAGAAAUUAUGGAUUUUACAUUUGGGUCAGUAACCACAAUAGUUAUGUCACCAUUCUAAUGAAAGCUGUUCAUAUCUGUGGGAAUUAAUGCUCCUGUUAUUGAAAGUUGCCGGAAAUGAUUUGACUCAGUUUAGACUAACUUGAGGGAUAAGUUCACGUGUGUAACCAAGAGUAAGUUUGACAGUGAUCCAAUUGUGGGAAAUUAAUGCAGCAAGCAGCGCUAGUACAACAUGAUUUGUGUUACCAACAGAAAACAACACUUAAAAGGCAAAGGUCUGGUUGAAGAGAAAGAGAUGUUGGACAGACCUAGAUCAGAAACGACCAGGGCUGUCUUUCCAAAAUGUGCAUAAUACCACGCCCUUGAUGAAACUGUCGGCUUUAUUGAAGUUGCACAUAGAUUUCAGCUACCAUCCUUCUGACCAUUGGACUGCCAGCCCUCCGAAUUUCAUUUUAAUAAUUUGCAUGAAACCUGUUAUCUUGAUUAUGUCAUGAUAUUAUCAGGAGAAAUUUGCCCUUGGUCACUCUUGUGACUUAGGGGUUAAAUCUUCACAGUGAUCUGAUUUCUGCCUUCAAGCUGGUAUUACCCGAAAUACCUGUUUUUAUACAUGGCUAAAUAAAGUGAUCACUCCUAAUGUGCCUGGAAAGUUCCUAUUAUUUAUGUUGUUUUGAUAAUUUCUAUUCUUUGCCCUGUUAAUCUGUGUGGUUUAUAUUUUGAUAACUUUAUGAACUUGUUGAUCUUGAUAUCUAUUGGCUGGCCUCCCAAUGGACAGGAGAAACUUGCAACACAGACUUGGCUUAUGGAUCAUUCAAUUACCUCUGUGGCCUUAUUUGCUUUGUCUAUAUUUUGACAAGGAACAAUCUUGAUGGAUGUGCAUGUAACCCUUGCUUCAAAGGACUGUAUCUGUUAUCUGAUAUUGAUGUUUUACUCUCUUUUCUAGAAUAUUUUUAGUUUGACUGGUCUGUUUUUUGACAAUUUUGUAUGUGACCAUCUUAAUUAUUGUUUGCUUGGGUCAGGAAGCAAGUGCCCGUAUUUCUGUAACUUACAAGUUACAUUUAAGGGAAUAUUAAUUACCGGCUCCCAAACCGUACGUUUAGUUCAAUUCUUCUGCACUGUUAUUUUUGGAUUAGACAAGAGAGGUAAUUCAGAGCAUAUGACCAUAACAGAGUUUGAAAGGUGAUAGAUACUAAUCUUAGAUACUGCGUGUAAUAUAUCAAACAUGAGAGCAGUACAGGGGAUUGUUUUUGACAAACUUCAAGGUGAUUGAUAUUUUGAUGAAAAAGUGUGUAAAAAGGUUUGAUAUUACUUUACUCAAACAAAGUGAUUUUAAAAGGAGAAAUUAAGGAUGCAAAUAAGGGUUUUUUUUUCACAAAACAUUAAUUUCCUCUGUAUUUUAUUAUUAAAAAUGAGUUUCAGAAAAAAUAUCAAAUAGAUUAUUAUAUUUACUCUACUAUGAUUAAUUUUUAUUGAGGGUGGAAAGAAGUUUGUUUAUUGAAGCUGUGUAUUAAGCUAUUAUAUCAGACUGUGAUUUUGGUACAAACUGUCAUAGGGUGAGUCAAAUUCCCUGUUUGAUCUUAGCACAUUUCCUUUACAAAUUAGUUGAGGGAAUAUUUGAUAAAAGAUUAAAGUACUGUCUCUUUGGUGACCAUUUGAUUAGUAUUUUUGAUUGUCAUAACUAUUACCAUUUGAUGGUGAAUUGAUAUUAUUCGGAGAAAUUGUUGUUGGUUACUCUUGGAAAUGAUAGAAAUAACACUUGGAAAUUUUGGGCUGACAUUUUCGAGUCUGACAGUGUUAUUUGGUACAAAUUUCCAAAAAGCAGUUACAUAUGGUUCUCUUACACAAAGAAAAAUAGAAUUGUGCCUUUCUUGUGUUGUUCAAAUGCUAUGUAAACUUGUAGAUCAGCAAGGUAUUUUCAUAAUGUUCUAGUGUAGUGUACAGCCUUGGUUUUAUUUUUUUGUAUUUUCCCAAAAAAGAAGCAGGAGUCAACUUCCUCAUAGCCAGAGGAAAUCCCCAAUCCCUGGCUCUUAAUGACAACCCUAAUUAUAAUUAUAUAAACACUUGGAAAAUUACAUGAUACUAGACCUUUUUAAAAUUUCUUUGAUUAACUUUUUACAGGACGAAACCGCCUCAGAGCGCAUCUCGCCGCCACAGAGAAAAGAUAAAUGCUACGUUGGAAGAACUUGGAGAUCUUCUCCCUCUUCCAGAGGAAGCUAGAUCAAAGUUAGAUAAGCUCACAGUUUUGAAGUUAUCUGUGAGCUUUUUCCAAACUCAAAAUUAUCUCCAGUCUGGUAAGUGUCACUGAGCUGUUAACAGUUCUGGUUUGAACAUUCCUCACUGUAUUUCCUUAAAUAAGAGCCAUCCCUUGCCUCCCUCAAAUAAUUGCCCCCUUUCACCUAAAUAUUUAAAAUAAGCUCCUCCCUUGAAUAAUUGCCCCCACCCAUUUACCAUCUUCUCUUUCUUUUCCCUGUCAAGUUAAAAAUUGACAAAACAAGUUUUCAUUUAAUUGUUUACAACUGAUUGAAUAGCUACAAAAGCACAGGAACCAAAUUUGGAACACUUGAAUUAGCCCAUGCUCAUUUUAUUUGAUGUGAUUAUUUUUUAUUUAAUGGAAUAAUUAAUCAAAAUAUUUAGGGCACGACUUUCAUUGGGCAAUAUUUAAAGUAAUUGCCUCCCUCGAAUAUUUGCCCCCUUUUGGUGAAAAAAAAAACAAAUCAUCAUCAUCAUCCCCAAUUAUUAUUCAAAGAAAUACGGUACUAUUGUCAGGGCAUCUGACAGGAUGCGGUGAUGCGGAUCUGCAUCUCCCACUAUUCGGAUCAUUUUCCGUAUAAAAUUGAAAACAUAGGCACUUGAGAAGUGCAUGUGACUACUGCUGAAGAGCGAAAUGAAAAUGGUAGAAUGUUGUUACAUAUGCCAUGUCUUAAUAUGUGGAUAUUUGUACAGCCCCAUACAUUAAUUUAUUAUGCAUCGUUCAGCACAGUUGAAUGCUUUAAAAUGCAUUGCAGCGUUUCUCAGUGAUUGGUAAUGCAUUUACAAUGUGAAUGUGUGCAACUUUGUCAAACGAGGAAGAAUGAUUUUCCAACGUUGUUCAAUGCCCUUUUUUUGUGUGACAAUAGAAAUGAUCAUCACUCCAACGUGUUGUUUUUACAAUGCACUGAGCACCUCCCCUUUCUCUGCAAAACAUAAAUUAGACAUCAACUUUCUUCAUCGAUCAAACGAGCACCUAGUUCGGAUGGCCCGAAAUCAACAGCAUGGUUGUUUCAGUAUUUGUUAACAUUAUAAAUAAAGCCGUUAAAGGCAAUGUUGGAAAAAAAAUAUACUUUGAACAAAAAAAAAAAGCAGCCUUGUAUUGGAUUAUAUAUUUUCACGGUUCAAUACUAUAAAUAGUAAAAUAAAUGUCUGGCAGAAAACCGACACGCUAUUCAGUUUUUUCUGGUUCGGUUGAAGAAGAUUUUCCUAAGACUUUUUAUCUUUCGUGACACUGCGUGUGUAAAGACUCACAAUACCUAAGAGAUGACUGACAUGAACAUCAGAACCUUAAUCGCGCCUGGAAGUUGAUAAAUUGUAAUAACAGAAACAACAUUAAAAUAUAAUGUUUAAAGAACAAAAACUCGGAAAAUAUUUUGUUUCCUUUCCUUCUGUGUUGCGAAUUUCUUGUCAUUUGCCUAGUUGCUUUUAAAAUAUGAACUUCCUUGGUGAAGCCUGAUCCUAUGAACUACUUCGUUGCCUAGCACGUGACUGAAAGUCUACUACAAAAUUUCAUUACACAAUAUUUUCACAGGAGUUGAUUUGGAGGAGAGAAAUCUGUUAUACAAAUAUUGUGGUUUUGAAGAUGAGAAGUGAAGAUACGCUUCUUCAGCAAUGAUGUAUUUCACUGUGUUUUAAUUCAGUUACACAUCAACAUUUUUUUUUAAACUUGAAUAUGCGUAACUUGUCUCACAAGCUAUCAAAACAGAGCAUGAGUUUCGUUUGUCGUCGAUGAUUAUCGACUAAUCUGACGAUGACUAUGAUUAUCAUCAUCGCAACGAAUGAUUCAGAAAAUUGGUUAUCUUUGUAUGCUGAUUGGCUCCGAAGUAUAUUCUAUUGUUACUUAGUUACUUUCAGAAAACCUUUUUGAUAGCAAUAGUGACUCCUGUGCAUGUGCAGUCGUCACAAGAAUUGCCCAUCACAAGCGAUAAUUAUUGAGGACAUUGCCUGCUUAUGUUGACUGUUUUCGUGUGAAAACUGGAACGCCCUUUCUUGUUUUCCUUGCUUACAUGUAUAUAAAGCAUCACUUGUCGUUUAUAUCAUGGAUAAGUACGUCAUAAAAGGAAAGAAUAUUUAGAAGGAUCCUCAUUUGACUGUUAACAUCACUACGAAGAUAAGAGUGAGCCAUGACCUGGAUACCAUGCAUUUUAAGGAAAUUGCAAUCUGCACAAAACAUUGUACCAUAUGAAAGAACAACUUUAACCGUUUGCUGUUUUAAAAACUCUUCAUGCUGUUGUUUAACAUAUUACAGCUAGUUAAGCCUGUAUUGAAGUAUUUCAAUUGAUAUUCAUGAGUGUGAGCGUCAACCAGUAUUGUAUAAAACAAGUAUCAAGAAUUGAAUUGAGAUGUUCUGAAAAAAAGUGUGUUCUUGUGGAGACGGUGGCUGUUUGUGAAAUAAAAAUGGUUUCAGAGGAGACAAUUAACGUUCUACCGCUGUCUAGUGUUCUUUAUAAGCCACAUAAUUACAUAAAAUACCAUAUAAACAUUUUUAGAGGCCCAAUAAAUGUAACCACUUUUAUAAUAAAGAAUUAUUGUCAGUGCUACUCUUUGCAUAAUAUGGCCUUAAAUUGACACAACAUUUUCAAUUUUUUUUUCCGCAUCCUAUCAGAUGCCCUGUAUUGUUAAAGGUAAAGUCCAUCCUCAGUUUAAUCCAGAAUUUUUUCAUUUCUGAAGAAUAAUAUAAUUAGAGUCAGGAAACAAACUAAAUUCUGAAUUAAACUAGGGUAACUUAGGGAUGGACCACUAGAAAACUUAUUGGGGGAGCGGGCGAUGUACAAAAAAAAAAUAUCUGUGCAACAGAAAAUUAAAUGGAAAAAAAUUCAUGCAGUAACCCUAAAAAAAUUUGAUCAAUCGUCUAAAAAAAAAUUCAUACAAGGAAAAUGAUAAAAAAAAUUCACACGUUCGAAAAUUCCCCACCACCCAUAACUUUUCAUGUGGUCCGUCCCUUAGAACAGGUUUUCCCUACAACACUGGUGUGUAAUAAUUUUCAUACUCUUAAGCUUAAGGCUUGAGUUUUCUUAGGCUAUAUAAAGAACAUAAGAACUAAGUAUUCUUUUAUCUGCUACAGAAACUUUUAUUAAUUGAGUUAUCAAAGAAUGUUUUUGUUCCUCUUUUCAACAUUAUAAACGAAUACAUUGGCUUCAUUGAUGUUUUGAAGUCCAUAAUUCAGCUGUUCAUGUAAAAAGAUAUGUAAUAUUAUAUACUAAAGUUCAUAUAUAUCUAUUUAGUUUUCCCUGACUCAUACAGUGAUCAUAAAAUCAUUCAAUAAUUAAAUUGAGUUAUCAAUUAAUCAGUCAAGAAUACAUCAAAUCUAAAAUGUUGGAGUAAACAAUAUGUCCUUGAAAAAUAAUUAUUUACUUUCUGUAGCAACAAGGCCUCUGAAUGGAAAUUAAGAGAUGAAAAAAAUAAAACAAAACAAACAAAAAAGUAGUCUUUUCUAGAGAGCUCAAUGUAAAUACUCAUGGUUUUACAAAGUUGAAUAAUACAACAGUCUACUAGUUAGCCAAAAUGUUUGUACAUUUUGUCUUAAUGGAAAUGCAAUGAAACUUGGGCGGUUAUAUAAACACUGCUAUGAAUUUCAUAAUCCUUUUGAAGCUUGUAUUUGCUCAGAUUUGUUGAAUUUUGCAGCUGUGUCAAUUAAGAUUUAGUGGUUUCCUGGAAGCUCCUUCUGCAAAAAGCAAACAAUUUUAAUUAUAUGCAAAGAAACAUUUUCUAUCUUAGUUGCUGCCAUCUGCAUAAGUUCUUUUACUAGCCAUUUGGGAAGGGUAUGGACAGGACCUAAGUUACCAUAAUUUAGGCAAACACUGGUUUAGUUCUUCUGAGAUUUAAGCCUUAAUUUACCAGCCAUAAAAGCCUAAUACAUCUAAAGUAAACAUUCAGCAUUUGAUAAGGGAAUCUCUACUGAACAACAAAAAGAGAGCUAUGAAAAGAAAUAAAAUUAAUGCACCACUUGGAAUACUACAAAUUUUAUGUUUAGCAGGAAGGCAUGUUAUUAACUUGAUUCACCAUCAACAACCUAAGAUUUAGUAAUAACAGUCCAGACCUAGUCUUUGUAAAAGUAUAUCAAGUUAUUUUUUUGUGUUUGAAUAGGGAAGAGGAGGAAAAGACGAGUGGAUGAUACUGCUGUGGCUCAGAUGACCAAGAAACUUGCAGCCUGUCACAUCAAUGUCAGUGAUAUUUCUUUAGAGGUAAGAAAUCUACUUUUUUAUAUAUAACUAACCUUUUUGCCUUUCCUUUACUUUUUGUGUGAAAAUAAAUUCACAGAGUUUGUAAUAGCGGGAGUUCAUUUCAGUCAAAUGUUUGCAAUUUACUUUUGCGAGGGAUUUUGCUGCUGUCCUUAUUAUCGGGGUGUCCGCAAGGCGAGAGUUGACUGUAUUUGUCAUUAGAACGUAUUCUAGAAGGGUACUUUUUCUGUCAAAAAUGGGAUAUAAAAAGGUAAGGGGUUGGAACUUGGGUGGAGCCUCCCUUUAUAAAACUUCAGUGUGUACCACCCUCCCCCCAGGUCCAAGUGUAGUGGGACAGUUCAUGAUGUAUGAGAUGAGGUAGAAAAUGCUUGUAACUAGUAAGAACCACUCACUCAUCAACAUGUGUGUAGCAGAAGUCUGGGUUGUCUUGUUGAAAAAAGGCUAGUGUGUUCAGCAUUUCUCAGUCCUUCUAGAUGGAAGUCCUUGACCUCACUUGUAUAAUUAUAUCCAACUGACUCGCCUCCCAUCAGUUGGGGUUCUUAACUCCAUUAGAUUCAUUAAAUGUAUCAAUUUCAGGAUUUGCUUGAUAUGCCAUGAAUACUGCCAAGGGUAAUAAAGGAAACUUAUUUUUAACCCUGUAACAAUGGAUAAUUGAAAAGAACUUGUGGCAAAUUCUUAUUGAUUUUAAAUUUUAGCCAGAACGCAAUUUUUUUAACAUUCUUGGUACAGCUUUUCUGAGAGCUACCUGAUGUUCAAGAAAUUAGUAUUCAUGUCACGUUCAUCAUUUCAAUUUGUUGGCCUGUAUCACAAAACCAUUGAAGUGAGGAAAUGUUUCAAAACAGUUUUAAGUUGUGUAGUGUAUCAACUGGCAUUAUUCUUUGAGACAGUAUAAAUCAGCAGUUCCUAACAAAAGUGUUAAUUACCAUUUCCUGAAAAAAUUUAAGUUUAAAUGGAGUUUAAGAAAGUUGCUGAUGGUCAGUUAAUUAACACAGAGAUAGGAGAUAAUCUUUCAGCCAUGAAGUAUGUCAAGCUGUUAAGUCGAAUUGUUCUGAUAAUUAAAUUAGUGAUUAUUUGCAUAUGAAAAAGCAGGACGGAAGGGUUCCAAAAUUGAAGUUUAGAGUCAAGUAAACAUUUAUCAAGAGGGAUUUAAUUGCUGAUUCAUCCAUCCAUAGCAGAUAUUUAUUGUUGUUCUUUGUUAUACUGCUCAGGUUGCUUAGUAUCACUAGUAAUACUACUUCUAAGUUUCUGGGUGUUCACAUUUCAAGAAGGUUACCAAGGUCAAGAGCUAGAUACAAGUAGAUGACAUGUUUUAAAUACAAAUUCAUGAUAUACAGCAGUAACUAAUAAUGUCAUUUUGAAACGUUCAUUGGCAUUCUUAGGUAAUGUUCAGUGCCUGUAUGAAAGGGGAAUUGUAGUGGGUUUUUAUUGCCCUAAAUGUAUAGUGUUUACAUCUAGCUUUCAGGAGAGAUUGUAUUUCAAACCAAUAUUUGUUUGGCUUAAUUAUGUCCCAUGUUUACUGUCAGCAUACCUAAAGAUCGGAAACAACUAGUGAAAUCGUUAUGUAAAGAACUUGUUUGUUUUGGGAGUGCUUGUAGAAAUAUGUGGUAGGGUUUAAGAUGAAAGGGGCAUAAAAAUGGGUGGUACCUUUGGUUAUUUUUGGCAAACAGUUAUCUCUACAUACAAAGCUGUAUUAAUUAAUCCUAACCCUCAGGGAAUUGCUACGUGCCUGUCAAUAUUGAUUGAAUGAGUUUGUUUUUGAUUUCUCAUUUUGUUUUUAAUACCAAUAUUUCUUCAAUGAAUUCUAUACAAGUAAAAUUAAUUUAUUGAUUCUGGUAUUUAUCAUGUGUCCAGCAUUUAAUGGGGUUCUAUUUACAGUAUCAGUUCUAGUUUUGAUUUAAUAUUAUUUUUUUGUUAUUGGGACAAAUUGCAGUUUAAAUUUACUGCCCAUAUUGUAGAAGUCAGAAAUGAAGCAUUUAGAAACAAGCAAGUAUAUUUACAGCCUUCAAAAAUACAGAGAAAUAAUAAAAAUGCUACACAGCUUUUGAAAGAAAAAGAUUGUGUCAUAGAGUGAAAAAAAAAGUCUUAGUUGCGGUCAAUCAUGCAUGCUUUUCUUUUAUUUAGGGCUAGAUAAAACUAUGAUGUGGUAAAAGAUCACAUUGUCAUGGUCAUUUUAGAAAUUUUAUUUUUUUUUUAAAAAAUGUCCUCUGAGAAUUUUAGAUGAUUGAUGUGGUUUUAUGUCACUUUUUCUUUACAAUUAAGAGUUGUCAUUAACAAAUAAAUGCUUUCCUUUUGUUAUUUCUACUGGACAGUGGUGGUGAUGUAACAAAGUAAGAUAAAUGCUUUUCUUUUGCAAGCAUUUCACAAAACAAAGGAAUCUGUUGGGUUCAAACAACCUUUCACAACCCUGUGAGUAACUCAAAUUUUUUGAUUAACAGGCCUUGGAUUCCUUUUUCUUGGUGCUCUCAGAUAGUGGGGAUGUUUUCUAUACAUCAGAGAAUGUCUUUAAGUACCUGGGAUACACACAGGUAAUUGAAUUUUGUAUUUUACUGUCUUCCAUCCAAGCAUAUUUCACUGUCCAUCGAGUGGAUUAUUCUUUAAUGGUCAAAUCUAUCUAAUUGCUCCGGAAAUCAGAUAAUAUAUGUUGCUUGUAACCAAUCUGUGAGGGGCUCCAAAGGCUCUUUUGUUUUUCGACCAGUCAGACAAAAGUCCAUAUUCUCGAUCACAGGCAGAUGACGCGUAAGGUAAAUGUAUCAGGUGCCCUUUUCCCCCCACCUUCAAAUCAAAAACGGAAAAAAGACUGGCUGAUCACAGUUUAUAUUAACCCCUUAGACCCUAAGAUCAACAUUUGAAUUCUCAUCUGUUGCCCCUAUUCAUUUCCUACAAAAGUAGUGGGGAGAAGUUGAUAAAAUAUCAAGCAAAUUCAUCUUGUGUGAUCAUGUCCAUAAUUCUCAUGACCACUCUGUUUUACAAAGCAUUGAUAUUACACGGAGAAAUUUGAUGCUGAUCUUAAAUGGUUAAAAGCAGGAGUUUUGUUUUAUUAUGUUUGAAGGAUAAAAUAUUUAUUGACUUUUUUUUUUUUUGUAGACAUUUUUGAUGCACCAAAACUUUCUCAACUUUGUGCAUCAUGAAGAUGUCAGAGGAUUUGAAAGGUGUCUUCACCGAGCUUCAAAAGCAGUAAGUCACUGCAUGUCUGUCAAAACUGUUGCAUCUGAUACUGACUUUUUGUUAUAUUUAACUCAAGCCUUACGUGAUUAUGUUGGUUUCAAAUUCAACAAAUUAGUUAUUUGCCUAUGUUAAGUGAACAUGUGAACUGAAAAAAAUUAAUAGUAAGUGAGUAAGUCUCAAGAAGAUUACUCAACUGAUUGUUAUUUGAAAAAUAAUAGUGAAAUCUCCCUCACCCGCUUUUUUAGAGGAUUUUAGAGUUGGAAGAUGGCAAUGGUUUGGACUGUGAACAAUUUGAAGGUAUCUGCUGUUUUCAAUAAUAAUUAUUCACUGAUAUCAAUACUGUUGUUUUUAUUAAAUAAUUCCUUCUUUAAAUAUGCAUCUUGUGCUUUAAUGUUCUGCAGUUCUGAGGAAUAGAAAUAACACAAAUGAAAUCAGUAUUUGUAUAGACCCAUAUUCAUCGUGGAUGCUUCGCUUGCCAGGGAGAAUUUCUCACUUUAUGAAAAUUCUGAAAAGUUUGCAUGAUUGCCAAGACCAUUUAUAUCAGCUUGUGUUGUUGUGUCGAGUGGCUGAAAAUAUUUCUUUGGAACCUUGUGUGGGCGUAAAUUUAUUCAUGGCUUCUGAUAGGUUGCGGAAGAAAAAGUCAAAUUUCGCAGGAUUUUUGGGGACAAAUUCACGGAAAAAUUAGCCAAUUUCGCGGUAAUUUCGGGGGAGUUUUCGGGGCAAACCUCACCAAAAAGCAAUUGGUCAAAAACGGCCGAUUUUGAGGUUAUUUUCAAGGCAAAAUUUGCUAGAAAUCAAUCGGUUUUGCGCUGAUCAGACCAUCGUUUUAAAUGUUUUUCUAACAGGGCAUUUGCUCUUUCAACAACAAUACGCUCCAGAAAUGAACCAAUGGCAAAGCCUUUAACAUCAUGGCUAGUGCCCAGUUUUUUGCAAAAUAAUCUACACCUGGUAGUUUCAGGUUGUUGUUAGCACGUUUCAGUGAUGAAGUUCUAAGAUAAAUUUGCAAGUUUACGGCAAGUAAAUAGCCCCAAUAGCUGAAAUAAGUUUCAAAUAUCUUGUACAGACAUGUAUUUGGUAAGAUUUCUACCGAAUUUCGCGGUAUUUUUCGUGUUUUUGUGAAUUUCGUAGGAUUUCACGGAUUUACCUGAAUUUCGCGGCUCCGCGACCGCGUGAAAUAUCAGAAGCCCUGUUUAUUAUAUUAUUGUUGGUAGUCAGGGUUCUCUUUUUAAAAGCCAGCAACCUGCUAAAAACUGGCUACUUUGGGGUCUGAACCAUCUACUUUUUAGGGAAAAUGGGUAUAAAGUGAGUGAGUGAAAACCUCAAAUUGCCUUCAACACUCGAUUGCCAAGCUGCCCACUUUUACAUCCUACCUGUCUACUUUAAAACUUAAUGAGAGCCCUGGGAAGUGCAUAUUUACCACGUAGCACGUAUGAUAGUGCUCCCCCAGGCAAGACAGAGACUCCUUCCACAAUCGUUUCAGGAGUCUAAGCAUUAAGUUUCCUUAAGAUAGCAAUAGAGUACUGACUUUAUUCUCUGUUAUGCAGAGCAACCAAUUCCCCAGGUUUGCUUUGCCAGUAUCAGGUGCCAUGCUGGAAGACAGUCCAGUCAUGUCAGUCCCUUCUACUACAGGGUAGGUUUUGUUACUUUAAUUAUUUCAGUAUCCAUUCAUGUUGGCUUAGGUUGUCUGGUGUGCACAAGUAUCCACCUCUCAGAUUGUUUCAGUGGAAAGCUGUCAGUGGUCUACUAGCAGCAAUUAAGGCAUUUGUGUGUCUGCGAGUUGAAGGAGAGAGGAAAUACCUGCAGUUGUUUUUUGAAAAUUAUUUGAACCAGUUGAAUUGGAUUACUGAAAGGGUCUUUCUUUUGUUGUGGCAAAGACAUAGUAGAAACAACAAAUUCCAAACUCAGAGCAAAAAAGUUUAGUAACAAUUCGGAUAAAAAAUUAGUUAAAUUGGAUUUACACAGGCAAUUGCAAUUUUCCAGAAAUUACUCAUUUCCCCUAUGUUUACUUCUUGUGCUUUUUUCCUUAUUUCCCUUCUUUGCUUUGUUUUUUUUAUUCAUCACUCUUUGGCACAUGUAUGCAUGCUUGUAUCGGUGGACUGGUAGCCACACCCCUGGCCUCAAUUGUUUAAAAGGUGAAUAACACUAUGCACCAGUUAAAUCCUUAUUCAGUGGAUGGGGCAAUUGGUUUUCCUAAUACUUAUCUGCUGGAUAGUGAUGUAUGCAGCAGAUUGUUCUAUCCAUGGUUUGAACAACCAGGGCCUAAUGUGUCUAUGAUGAUGACGCUGACUGUGUCACUCAAUGUUAUUGUUGCUUUGCAGUCAUUUAAAUUUGAUGGAAAGCUCAAACCAUUGUUAAGUGGCAAAAUGAAACAGUAUGGUUUCUUUGCACUCUGCACUGCUGUCAACCCCGCCAACCCAUUUACCAGCACUCCUAAGGAACUAUUACAGGUGUACAGCUGCAAGCUUGGUAUGGACCUGAGACUCAAAAAGCUAGACAACAGGUAACCUCCAGCCACUAACUCUCUAAGCCUCUAAUAGCACAUGAAAGGAAAGUUGAGGAAAUCUUCCCUGCAUUGAAGGGUUCAUGCAGAGGUUAAAUGCUUACUUUCGAAAGCCUGAAACUCUAGUACUUUUGAAGUGUUUUAAACUACUUACAAAACAAUGUGUGAGUAACAAGUUUAUAUAUAUAUUAGUAAUAUAAUGAAUUAAAGUGCUCAAUAAAAGUGCUAUUAAAGUGCUCAAUAGGUAAACUAGAGCGAUGUGUAGAUUUGCAGAGUUGGAUUAUUUGGUCGAAGACAUUUAUUGCUACUCAGAGUUUCAUGCUCCUUGUGGAGCAAUCAUCAGGCAACUGCUAAAAAUAACGGAUACAUAUGAAGAUAUUUAAAAUUUGAAAAUACAGAACAAUGCGUAGUGGCGUGACAUGCAGAAAUAUGAUUGGUUGCUAAGCGAAUACGUUCUUCAAGAGGAAUUUCUUAGAAUGUCUACAAUUAGAUAUCAGUUCACUUCUGUUAAUGACACCACCGAUGACAGCAAUUGUAACUGCCGGAACUCAAGCACGCGCCCCAUGGACGGUAAAUGCAACGAUCAAAACAUGAUCUACCAAGCCGAAGUCACGACACCAUCUUCAAGAGAGACAUACAUUGGUCUUUGCGAUACAACCUUUAAGUUGAGAUACAGAAACCACGUGUGCUCAUUUAAGAACGACUGGUAUAAGCAUGCAACUGAAUUAAGUAAAUAUAUUUGGAGUCUUAAAGAUAAAGGUAUUCCGUACAACAUCAAAUGGCGAAAGGUAAAACAGGCCCGAUCAUAUUCUAGUAUAAGCAAGAGAUGUAACUUGUGUUUAUGGGAAAAAUAUUUUUUUAUCUGUAAACCCGAAAUGUCAACCCUGAACAACAGAAGCGAACUGAUAUCUAAUUGUAGACAUUCUAAGAAAUUCCUCUUGAAGAACGUAUUUGCUUAGCAACCAAUCAUAUUUCUGCAUGUCACGCCACUACGCAUUGUUCUGUAUUUUCAAAUUUUGUAUAUCUUCAUAUGUAUCCGUUAUUUUUAGCAGUUGCCUGAUGAUUGCUCCACAAGGAGCAUGAAACUCUGAGUAGCAAUAAAUGAAACAAAUAACCCAACUCUGCAAAUCUAUAUAUAUAAAUGUUCUUUUUUCAAUUAACCAACCAAAUAAUCCCAGCCCCUAGAUGAAAAAUCCGCAACCCAGCCAUGAGCCCCCAUUAUAUAUCAAAUAUAUAUAUAUGAAUCCACAGACCACUUACUUUUUUCUCGAUGAACAAAAAGCCAUGUUCAUGGGAUUGACCGCUGGAAUUGCAUUUGUCCAUACUGAUGACUAAGCAUGUGGAUACUUAACUUGUGGACAAUGCACUGAACUUAGUAUUCAUGAAUAAUUUAACCAAAUUAAAAACGUUCAUGAAUUGCAUUUGUCCAUACUGAUGACAUACACAGUGCAUUGAACUUAGUAUUCAUGAAUAAUUAGGGCUAGGAGACAAAGGAAAUUGAGGAUCAACCUAGGUCCAAAAAAAUUUACCUUGAAUUUAAUUUUGACUUGUAACAAAGAUAUGAAUUUCAUGUAACAGAAUUGCAGAAUGAAGAAAUAAAUGCAAAGAAGACCAUUGUAGUUAAAUGCACAACUUAUGCAGAUGCAAAACGAAAGCCUGUAAAAAUCCAAGUUUGUCGAGAUUCGAAACCCAGACUUCUGUGAUACUGCAGGUCAUGCACAUUUGUUACGGAAAUAUAAUGUACUAGUUCUCAUCAAUCAAGGCACAGACAUUUCUUUGAGCCUUUUCUAAAUGUUGUUUACUCCUUUGUGUUACCAGAGGGCAGAAGUGUUUGUACAUGAAUGAGAAGGACAACUUGAGUCGCACAGGCUAUUUUUUCGUGCAUCCUGAUGAUGUGCAAUGUAUGAUACUUGGCCAUCAACGAGGUAAAUACACUACUUGGUGACUGGUCACCUCACCACCAGUCAAAGGUGACUCAUUACCAACCAAAUCCCCACCAACAAAACAACUCUGAAAUAACUUACUAAGUUAAAGCUGAUAAAAAGUAAAUCGAGUUGACUUCUUGGUGGUGAAGUGACAGUAAAUCCUGGCACUCUUUUUUUUUUCAUUUUUUAUUAGAAUUGUCUUGUAAGACUAUUGACGCAGAAAUUUGCAUGUUUUCAAGAAUGUUUUGAGAACACCCUGUUAGGUGUGUAAUGUCAUACACUUUAUCUGAGGCCAUUGACGAGAAUAUUUUCAGCGUAAAAUCGGAAGCCUGGGCUGGAAAACUAAUAUUGUUAUAAAUUUGUUUCAGCCGCUUUUUCAUGGCACAUUUCCAACAUGCCUUAUCCCUUUAAGCCCCGAUAUCCACUUACAAAUUCUCCAAACUGAUCUCCAUACAUUUCCUUAAAGAAUGAGUUGAGGGAAUUUGAUAAAAGAUCAAAGAUUUUUCUCUUUAAGAUCAUUUUAUCAAUUCUCGUAGACUUCGCUCUUGACAAUCUAUGGUUAUCGUUAGGAGACAAUUGAUUUUGGACACUACUGGGACAUAAAGGGUUAUCUUGAGUAAUCUGCCCUUUCGACACUAUCAAAAACUUCUGUCUUUUGAAAUUUCUUGUAAACACUUAGCCUAGGUAAGAUCAUCUACAACAGUUUAGUAUGGUCUGUGAUUUUGUAGCACUAACCUCCUAGUACGCAUGGCUGGUACUCUUUAACAUUUCUGAAUCCCAUUGCUCAGACUGAUUACUGCAGUUCAUUACUCUGUUCUGUAAAACAACGUCCACUCUACAUCCAGCCUUAAGGGUGAGAAGUACACCACUGCACCUUGCAGCCCUACUACAAACAUUCCAUUCGACCUCGUUUUGCCUAGGAAGUUUGCAAUUUGUUUGUCAUUGUGAUUUAACUACUUAUAACCUAAGAGAGAAUGAAUGCCAGCUUGUUAUACCACAACCCUGCACUGGGUCUUAUCAAAGAAGCCUUUGUUAUAGCAUAGGUGUGCUGUGUCAGCUUGCCCUCGGAGGUCAGACAAUUGACAAUCAUUAAUGAAUUUAAGGCAACCUUAAUUUCGAUAGUGAUAUUUCUUAAUAGUUCAAAAGCAAUAUUUUCUUUUACACACGGCUUGAGGCUUCCUUAUGAAGCAGGUUUUUUUCUUUAUCAUCUUCAUAAACCCUGCUUUACGGACACCCACUUGAUACAGACACCUCAUUAUUACGAGGCCCUGCCAGGGGGGGGGGGGGUCUCAAGUCGCCCGUCUGAAUUUUAAAACAUCUCGUGUCAGCGUUUAUAAAUGCUUGUCGCUUAUUGUCAGCUUUGCCGUGACUGUCACAAUUUGGUGGAGGGAGGUUGUCUCUUGUCGCAAUUUCCCCUUUUUGCGCUGUCGCUACUUUUUGGGCCAUGUCGCUUGUCGGAAUUUACCCUGGCAGUGCCUCUAUUAUGGCCAGUUUGCUUUGUCCCUGGGAAAAGAAAGCUCUCACAUUUUCUCUAAAUUUAACCCGUUUAAUAUGGACACUUUCUGUGGCCCUCUAUCUGUUCAUAUUAACAGGGUUUGACUGUAUUUUAGUUUUUAUCAAAGUUUUUAGUUAAGUGUGCUAGGUAGAUUUUCAUACUUAUAUUAGAAUGUAACUGUACCUGAAGGAAUUAAUGCAUUUAAAUAAAGUUACCUUAUCUUACUUUGCAUUUUGCCACUAUUCUAUGAAACUUUAAUCAGUCAUAUUUUACCUUCUUUGUGCCUUUUUUUUCUUCUAACCAGUUACUGCUGAGGGGCAUUGUGACACAGUAUUUCGACUCAUGAAUGGCCGUGGUGUGUGGCAGUGGGUCAGAGGAAAGGCUAGAAUCGUGUAUGACAAAAACGAGAAGCCUGAAUUCCUUGCUACUGAUAAUGUCCUGUUAAAGUAAGUUGAGUUUGUUUACUUGGAGGUGCUACUUUUCCUGCCAGCUAUAUCGGUGUUGUCAUUGUUAAUUCAACUUUUGCCCAUGAUAUUUGAUAAUCCCUUGUUGAGUUCCUCCACCCUGACUGACUAAUCAGUGACAGUGGUUUGCCAAUCAUCGAAACAAAAUUGUGUUGUCUUUUCAAUGGUCUCACAAUUAACAAAGAAAGAGAAUUUGAAUUUGAUCGCCCAAAAGCACAGAAAAAAUUCUGAACUCAGUGGUCCACAGUCAAAAAACGUCAAAACUUUGUAUUACAUGCACUGUGACUUGCACAAAGAUGAAUAAAAAUGAAUUCUCAUAAAGAGGUUUUUCCAUUAUAAUCAUAACUAUAACAAAAUUCUCACAUCUGAUUGGCUAUCAACUGUCCUGAUUUCAGCACUAAUAGGACACUGAGUGUAAUAGGGCAGUACGCAUCAUGCCUAAGUAAUACAGCUAUUUCGAGAAAGGUUGUCGGAAACAAUGUGCACGCGACAAUCCCGAAAGGUAAUAUGGGAUAUGAUUGAUAUACUGUUCCUGACGACUGUAGCUGUCAAACCUACUUUUGUUGCUUUCCUUUACGCUCGCAAACACAUUUUCAUGGCCUUUUGUGCCAAUUCUUUCAAAUUUCUCUGAAGAACAGUGAACUCAAAACCACCCACAAUGCCUUUCAGACAACCUUUCUCGAAACAGCUGUAUACACCAGCACACAUGCACCUGAAUGGGUUCUUCUUUUUUCACUGCUAGCAGAAACUCUUGGAAUAUUUUUUAUCAUUUUUUAAUUAGCUUAAUUCAUGACAAAUUUUGUUAUAGUUAUGAUUAAUUGGUAAAAGAACUUCGUGUCAUCUAAUUUGGUCUUUAACCAUCCUCGUGAUUAAACAAACCAGACUCCAGCUACGGGUCAUCCGAUUUUGUUAAUCAUAAGUAUGAUUGCACCGAGUUGGACUCCACUCAGUCCUAUUACCAUUAUUAAUUGAUGAUGGAUUGGAUGGGUCCAUCCUAUUAUUUCCGAUGAUCGAUUAUGAAAUCUCAGCUGUUUCCCAACCCUCGUGACAGCAAUGAUCAUCACAAAGCAAGUCGAUCAAUCACUACCAAUCUUUUGUGGAGGCGUGGGUUGGAGGGGAGGGAGGUGGUGGGAGACUCUCGUGUUUGUGCUGCUGUAAAGGGCAUUGUUUUCUAAGCUGUAUAGUCUUGGAUAGGGUAUGGAAAUCAAAGGUGACUGGUCUAGGUCCCUUACCCAGGGUGCAAAGAAUGUCAGUUUUACAGCCUGCCAUUUGGGCAAGCUGUAGCUACAUGUAGCAUGUACUAGCCCACAAGUCAUUUCAACUAGCCCCAAAACCUUUUUUGAUUAGCAGGAUUGAUCACAAUCCAAUUUGAAUUUCCCCAAAGAACAGCACUUGCCCGUCGGGCAAGUUAAGGAAAAAAAUCACUAGCCCGAUAGCAAAAUCCACUAACCCCGGGCUAUUGGACACGACUUUCUUUGCACGCUGCUUACCUAUCUCUCUGACUGUUGCUUUUCAACAACAGCCACUUACUACUCUUGCUCCAAAAAUGGCCGUUUUGGAAAGGCUGGGCUGUAGUUAAUUGUAUUCGAUGCAAUGGAAUUUUUAAAUGCACUGACAGACCAUUAAUUUUUUAUUUAUUUUUCAGUGAUGAGCAAGGCCCCUUCUUUCAAUCAGUUGUACUUGAAAUCUUGCGUGAAUGGCAAUCUAAUCAAAAGGGCUUACCAUCACCAAAGAGCGAUGAGGAGAAAUCCAGCCCGACUAGCAGUCCAGAUUCUGCACGUCCGCCGUCGUUAGCCACAAACGAUGGUACCAGUAUCACUACCCAAGGUUUGUUGCCUAGGAAAAGGAUUGACUCCCUGGGGUGGGGUACUCCCCCAAUGGACUAUAAAGGCAAUAGAAAUCGUUUUCCGUGUUUGCAUAGCCUGAUAAAAAACACGUCUCGGGUUUGUAUAACUGUCGAGAAUUCUCCCAACCCGUCUAGUGUUUUUAUCAGGCUAUGCAAAUACAGGGAAGAUGUUUUCUAUUGCUUUGGUAAAUCAACUUUCCCAAGAAAAAACGCAAAACUCUUUGUCAUGGCACUGAUUAAAAGAGAAAUUCUUACCAGUCGCGAAGUCUUGUACACAAAGUCUUGCUCGCGUAAUCAGUUCUUGUUUUGCGAGAAAGAUGCUUUCCAAAAUACGGAUUUUUCUUUGGAUCUGACUUGAUGAUUUCCGCAGAGGUUACCGAAGCGUGAGCCACUGUCCACAACAGUCCAAUUAAAGCCAAACAGUACACUCAGCCAGAAUGAUUUAGCAUGCCAGUAAGCUGUCGGGGACAGCGGUGGGGAACAAAACGAACCCCGGGCCCCUUCAGCCGACAGCUUGUUCGCGCGCUAGGACGAUCAUAUUUCACCUUCUUAUAGGAUUUUUCUUUCUUUCCAAUCAUUUUUGAGUGAAGGGGUCGGCUUUGCACAGGCUUCACCUGAGUUCAAACCAUUUGUAAUGUUUCAUCUAAACUGUCACAAAAUGUUUCUGCAGGCUUUGCUGGCUCUUCUGAGGAUGUGGCGUUGCAAGAGUCGAAAGACAUCGAGAUUAUUGAAUACGGCAGUCCACCCGUGUCCACAGCAGAGAAGAAAGAACUCUUGCCGCCGUCACUUGUUCACACACCAGGUACAUCAGAGUCGUGUAUGUUUAGCUCAGCGAAUCAGUCCAGAUCACCGGUGGAGGAGAAACCCAACAUUUUAUCUCGUGAAGGAAUGGUGUUCAACUCAAAACCAGAGCGCAGGAAUGGGAGUACACCUCAUGUCCACACAAAAUCAAAGCACAGUGCACACGAUCAAAUCAAUCUUAUCAAACAAUUCUUAAUGGGCGUGAAUAGUCAGCCUCCUGCAAGGGCUUGUCACUUGGAAACCAUUACUCGGGUAGACGGUGGUGUGAUUCCAGAUAGCCCGCCCCCGCCCGCAUGGAGUGAUUAUCCUGGAGACCCCUCAUCGGUCCUUGCUGAGUUAAACUUCCAACAAAAUGAUGGUUUGUCGGCUCCAUAUCCGCCCUUUCCACCGCAGAACGGAGUAAAUUCGUCUCUUUUCACCAAUGGAUAUGAUCACACACCCGGGAGGUUACCAGUCCAGCCAAAUGGCCUUUCGUGUGGCGGCGGCACUCAGCAGAUGGACUCAACCAAUCUCAUAUACCCUUCUAUACCGAAUAUCAGAGACCCAACUGUCAACCCGUCCAUGUCAAACCCUUCUGUGAAUGGGGUAGACGAACUAGAUGCUUUUAAUCUUCAUGUAGACGCAGGUAUCGGAGACCUUCAUGAUAUACUACAAGACGGACCAGGCAACCUUUCACACUACUUGCAGCAAGAAGGCACUGUGUUUCAUUCUUUAAAGCAACGACUAAAUCACGGCCAAAACGGGUUACAUCAUCCCCAAAAUGAAGUUCUCUUCCCUCCCGUCAACCAGCCAUUUCCCGCAAGUUACCCUGCCUGUGAUUUUUUGUCCAAUUCGAGUGCCACAGGAACACCAAACCAAGACCCCAAACUGUGGUUUGGAGCAUCCGGUACUGUCCCCCUCAACCACGGCCCGCCGCAAGUUCCUCAGGUCCCAGAGGCUUUCAAUGUGGAUGAUUUAACUCCAAGCUUGUUUGUGGAUCCCAACGUUCCAUUUGCAAAUCAGGGAAACGUACCUGUGUGUCAACCAUCUCAAUCCAUGUAUUCCUCCGAUGUCAGUCGUACUAACGGCGUGCAUAUGAGUCCGCGUAUGGCGCAAAAAUUCCAAACACCUCAAAACGUGCAACAGAGACAAAGUGAUAGUAGAAAUCAGAGUUUUAAUCCUGGUGGCAACAACAGCAUUCUGAAAAUGAUGUUGACAAUGUGAUUAGUAAGUCUGUGCAAAUAGGUGAGACAAGACAAUAGUUUCUCGUUAAUGUUUGCAUGUCUUGAUUACCAUAAUAGCUUGGAGGAUCCCAUGGUGUGGUGCAACUACACCAGUCCUUUACUUGUCUUAGACUGAGAUGGCUAUAUUGUAGUAGAAGAUGACUGACGGUGUUUGGUGUCAAAUGUUCUGCCCUUUUCGUCAUUUGUCAGUACAACAAACGUAGUAAGGCUUGGUUGGAAAGAGUUAACAUCCAGACGUUUCACUUGCCAGUGUUCUGUUGGCGAAUUCAGUGAGCUCGGAGGAAGGAUUGCCAAGCAGUCACUUCAGCUGUCCAUCAGCAUUGAACCCUCAGUAGUUGUGGGUUCACAGCCUCAAGUUCGUCAGAUCCACAUCUCGCCUUGUAGAGGUGCUGGAAUGGAGGUGGAGUUUGCUGAGAUGAUGUCUCUUGCAAGGUUAUAUGGUUAAAAAACUUAGUUUGAAGUACAGUGUGGUCUCAAGCCUCAUUCACAACAAAACAAAACAUUUUACUUAAACCAGGAUUCGCGUAAGCGUUGACUUGUGCUUUCAUUAGUAAUAGUGCUUGAGCUUCGGUGUGAAUAAGGCAUAAAUAUUAUAAAAAAUAGUGUAUACAGAUAAGACAGAUGUGAAAAUAUGGACAGAGUUUUUUAGUGGACAACAUAUAAUUAUACCGUGCUUAAGUCAUCCUUCACUGUUUGUAAAGGUUAGUUAGCUUGGAGAAACUUUAGCAAUAUAGGUGGGGAAUUCUUCAACCUGUUUCCAGGGUCUUCUCUUCCUCACUCGAGGAAGGAAGAAAGAGGGCCCUGGGAACAAAGUCAUGAUGUUUAAAACCGAAACAAGCAACGGUAACUCGUUUUUAUGUUCUUGGUCGUCCGUAAUCCUUUUCUCCUCAAAGGUGCCACAAAUCUAAAAUCAAGGAAAAGUCUUAAUUUCACUUCAUAAAAUUGCACCAUUCAAAUGGCACCACGUGAGAGUGUGCUGAGGAGGGAUUCAUGUGAGUAGUCAUACCAUAGAGUUUUGUCUUCUAGUUCAUCCGUGGGUUUCAACCAUGUUUUUUGUCUCCGUAAUCUGAUGACUUUGGGGUAGAAAGGGUUAUGGCAGUUUUUGUCGUUUGCAUUAUUAAUGUUUCUGAAAACUAAAUCAAAGUAUCUUUCUGCAUACGUGUCUUUUAGAGAAGAAUAUCUAUUGGAUUCUCGUGAAGAGAGAAGGAAAUAUUAUCUGCAUGAUGCGAAUUUCUCAAGACGCUAGAAAAAGACGUUUUAAGUUUAGUUGUAGCUGAAAUGGUGCUGAUCGUGCCUCAAAUGUAAUCUAUCGUGUUCUUGAGUAGAUCUUGAUUAUAAAUGCUUAUUGUAACUAAUAUAUCCCAUAUUAUAAUAAUUAUGUACAUAAAGUGGCUAAUAAAUUUUACAAGCAUCA